AUGGAGAUCGUCCCGGAACCCAUCAGGAAACCGACAGUCCCGGAGCCGGAUGACUAUGUCAACCCCUUGGAGGCAAGUUCCCGCUGGACCCUGAAUGCGCGUGCUCAGGCCAUCCGCUAUGCCUCCAGCCUCGGCUUCAGCAUCGCCAACCGCACUGAGCCUGCCGCACCCACGCCGUCCACCGAGUUCUGGGUUGACUCGACGCUCGCCGAAGCCAAGGGCCCCAAGAAGAUCCGCGUCGAGGUCUGGACGCCGCCGCGCCUGGCCAUCGGGCCUCGUGCCGCUGUCGUGGCCCUUCACGGGGGUGGAUGGAUUCUCGGCCAGGGCACCGACAAUGCGCGCUGGGCAUGCGCCGUCAUGACCUCGCUGGACGCCGUCGUCUUCACUGUCAACUAUCGCCUGGCCCCCAAUUACCCGUUCCCGACGCCCAUUGAGGACUGCGUCGAUGCCAUCUUGCAGAUUGCGAAACGAGCCGCGCAGUUUGGCAUCGACCCCAAUCGUAUGAUCCUCUCGGGAUUCUCCGCGGGUGCCACCACGGCCCUCUCCAGCUGGCUCAUUCUGAAAGAGCCGGCGCGCUGGAACUACACGCUGCCAUUCGCCGUCCCUCGCAUCACCGGCCUCGUGCUCUUCUAUCCCGGCCUGGACUGGACAAUCAACCGGGCAGACAAGAGGCUUAGUUGCGCCCGUCCCGAUCUCACGCUGUCCAAGGGCCUGACGGACCUCAUCGAUGCCUCUUACGUCUAUCCUGCCAUUCCUCGUCAUGAUCGCGCCGACCUGAGGCUCUCCCCGGGCCUGAUGUCGGAUGAGCUCAUGAAGAAUUUGCCGCCCAUCCACUUGUGCUUAUGCGAAUAUGACAUGCUUCUCGCCGAGGGUCUCCGCUUCUCUGAAAGACUAAAGUCCCUGCAGAAGACGGUAACCGUCCGCGUCGUCGCAAAGGAAAAGCAUGCAUGGGACUGCCCCCCGCCAAUGGUGCAAAAGGAGAGCGUCGAGGUCGAAUAUGGAGAGGCAACGCAGGCCAUUGCCAAUUGGCUGGGCCAGGAGCACGACACGGACAGGGAGUCGAUGCGGUCCAUGAAGACGAAGCGUCUGCGGAUCCCCCGGCCUAGCUUCAUGGGUCUCAGGUCGAAAUCAACAAUAGGCCCUUUCUGA